AUGCUUCCUGCUCCUCGCUCGCAAGAGGUUCCCCUUCGCUCGCCCCCAGAGCCGCCCAACAUUCCUUCGACAAACCCGUCCCGUCUUCCUUCCAACAUUCCCUUGCGGACCCUCCCUACCCGAUCAGAGACCGAACAAGACUCGCAGGCCGCCUCGCUGUUGGGUUUCUCCAACCACCGCCACUACCACCAGCACCUUGCCCCCAGCCAGUCUCGACUGUCCUCGGACUCGGAAUCCUCCUGGACGGACACUGGCGACAUUGGCGACCAGCUAGGCGACCAGCGCGAUCCUGUCCUUCUGCAGCUCCCCGACGACCUUGACCAGGAUCUCCUCGCUGGAGUCCAGAAGCGUCAGGCCAAAAACCAAAAGAAGGUCCGCAUUCACGAUCCGUCACCACGACGACCGUACCGUCGUUCGCAGUCACUGCCUCGCACCGUCACGAAAGAAGCCAUCGAGAUUCCUUACGUACGGACACCGAGACCCUCGCCCGCGCUGCGUUGCAUCGGAGCCAUCAUGUCGGGUCAUUCCGGCUCCAUCCACGGCCUCACGGGCAAGGCCUUAAUCUACUUUACCAGCAUAUUCGUUUCUCUCGGCGUAUUUUUAUUCGGUUAUGAUCAGGGCGUCAUGUCGGGCAUUAUCACUGGCCCAUACUUCAUUGAUUAUUUCAAUCAUCCAUCGAAAGCGCAUGUUGGCACUAUGGUUGCCAUUUUGGAAAUCGGUGCCUUUAUCUCGUCGCUCGUCGUUGGCCGUGUCGGCGACAUUAUUGGGCGCCGGCGCACCAUCUUGUAUGGCUCAUGCAUCUUCUUUGUCGGCGGAGCCUUGCAGACUUUGGCGACUUCCAUGGCCAUGAUGAUGGUCGGCCGCAUCGUUGCGGGUUUGGGCGUCGGCAUGCUCUCCACCAUUGUACCCGUGUACCAGUCCGAAAUCUCGCCUCCGCACAACCGCGGAAAGCUGGCCUGCAUCGAGUUCUCCGGCAAUAUCAUUGGAUACACGACGUCUGUGUGGGUAGACUACGGAUGUGGCUUCAUCGAGAGCAAUCUGUCAUGGCGAAUCCCGCUCCUCAUGCAGUGCGUCAUGGGAGCCCUCCUUGGACUGGGCAGCUUGGUCAUUGUGGAAUCGCCCAGAUGGUUACUCGACAAUGACCACGACGAGGAAGGCAUGGUGGUUAUUGCAAACCUCUACGGUGGCGGCGAUAUUCACGAUGCCAAGGCUAGAGACGAGUAUCGUGAAAUCAAGAUGAACGUUCUUUUACAACGGCAGGAAGGCGAGAGAUCCUACUCGGAGAUGUUCCGCAAAUACCGGACCCGCGUCUUCAUCGCAAUGUCUGCUCAGGCGCUGGCGCAGCUCAACGGCAUCAACGUCAUCUCAUACUACGCCCCCUACGUUUUCGAGUCGGCCGGAUGGGUAGGCCACGAUGCCGUGCUGAUGACGGGUCUCAACGGAAUCACCUACUUCUUGUCCACCAUCCCGCCAUGGUACCUGGUAGACCGAUGGGGUCGGCGGCCCAUUCUGCUCUCCGGCGCAGUGGCCAUGACGGUGUCCCUGUCUCUCAUUUCCUACUUCAUCUACCUGGACAUUCGGUGGACGCCGAGAAUGGUUGUCUUGUUUGUCAUGAUUUACAACGCAGCUUUUGGCUACUCGUGGGGGCCUAUCCCCUGGCUGUAUCCGCCCGAAAUCCUCCCUCUCAGCAUUCGGUCAAAGGGUGCCAGCCUGUCCACCGCCACGAACUGGGCCUUUAACUGGCUCGUCGGCGAGAUGACUCCAAUUCUGCAGGAAUGGAUCAAGUGGCGCCUCUAUCUUGUGCAUGCCUUCUUCUGCGUGGUGUCCUUUGUGAUAGUGUAUUUUAUUUAUCCCGAGACUUGCGGAGUGCGUCUCGAAGAUAUGAAUUCGAUUUUUGGCGAUGCGAGCACGGUCAUGGGAACCCCGUCGGUGCAUGGCGACACGGAAUCGCUCAUGCGGGCCGGCUCGCCGGGGCCCUCGCGAGACGUGAAUAUCGAAGCCGGCGGCGACAGGGGCGGCGACAUGGACGACGACCACAAAUCCAACAACUUUCAGACAAGCGGCGGCGAAGACGGAAGCAUAGGCGGCUGGCUGUCGCGGAUAGCGGCUCGUGGUCGAUCACCCAGCAUCAGCAGCGGCCGCCAGGGUCGAUAUGCUCCCCUGGGCCAGCAGGACGAGGCGAACCGCAACAACCGAUGA